AUGCAGUCGCUUCACAUCAACCAUUUCCUCAGUCUCCAGCGCCCUGAUGUCUUCGCUCCCGCCGCCGCCGGCAUCCCCGAUGUGUCGACGCUCGCGGCCCAUGACUUCGAUGUAGACACUCGCACUGGGUUCAUGCCGCCCCAACCCCCGAUCGCCCGCCUACCCGCCGCAUGGGAGCACUGGGAGGCCACGCUCGACGAUGCCAUCAACAGCAAGCUCGAGCUCGCUGAUAAGCCUGGUAUUUCGCAAGAUGACGAAGAGCGUUCGGCGCAUUGGCGGAGCUCGGUCCGAAAGCUGCCCAUCCUUUGUACUGAGGAAGUCAAGGCAUCCGAGAUCCUUCUCCGUCGCGGGCACUGCGUGCUGGCCUGGAUCAUGCACUUCUACGUGCACACGACGCCGGUCUCGGAGAUGAGCAUCCACAUCCCAGCCCCCGUCACGGUGCCGCUCCUUCAGAUCUGCGCACAGCUCCAGGUGCCGCCUGUUCUCACCUACUCGGACGACGUUCUCUACAACUGGGCGUUCAAGACCCCGCCCGCAGCCAACACCCACUUCGAGCCCAAGAAUGAGCUAUACAACCUCCGAUGCAACACGCUUUUCACCGGCUCGACCGACGAGGAGGAGUUCUAUCUCUCGUCUGCGCGCAUCGAGCUCCGCGGCGUGGAAGCGCUCUCGCUCAUGCGCGCGAUCAUGGACGAGGCCUUCGUCAACGACGCGAUCGCCCACCACCGCAUCACGUCGUACCUCACCGAGCUCGCGGCCGUCAUCCGCCACUGCCGCCAGCUGCUCGGCGCGGUCCGCGAGGGGUGCGAUCCCAGCACAUUCUACCACGAGAUCCGCCCCUGGUUCCGCGGCUGCGACUCGGACACGCGCGGCCGCCGGUGGGUCUUCGACGGCCUCGAGCUCGACCCGAGCCUCGAGGUGCCCACCGAGCUCUCGGGCCCCAGCGCGGGCCAGAGCUCGAUGAUCCACGCGCUCGACAUCUUCCUUGGCGUCGAUCGCUACUCGCACUCGAACUUCAAGGCCGACCUCGCUGCCGCCGCGACCCCGCCUGCAUUCCCGCCCCCGCUCCAGGCAUCCUCCAGCUCGUCAUCGUCGUCCUCAUCUUCAUCCUCCUCGUCCGCCCCGGCGACCCCGCUCGCAUUCCCGCCCCCGCUCCGGGCGUCCUCCCGAUCCUCUUCCUCUUCUGCCUCGUCUGCCCCUGCAACGCCCACAGCAACCCCCUUCCUGACGCGGAUGCAAAAGUACAUGCCGCGCCACCACCGCGCGUUCCUCCGGCACCUGCACGCGAGCCCGCGCCCGCUCCGGCAGCUCGUCGAAGCCGCGAACGACGACCGGCUGCGGGCCGCGUACGACGAGGCGGUGACUGCGCUCAAGGAGUUCCGCGACGAGCACGUCCGGAUCGUGGCGCUCUAUAUCAUCGUCCCCGCGCGCCAGGGCCAGGGCGCGGAGACGGGGGCGGGCGUGCCCAAGGGCACUGGCGGCACGGACGCGUACCAGUUCGUCAAGGGCGUGCGCGACCAGACUGCGGGUGCGAUCAUGGGCCCUCGGAGGGUGUGA